CCCUCGCCGCACGGAUUUGCCACUCGGAUGUUGUUUCCUCGGGAGCUGAGCUCGGAGCCACGUUGAACCAGCCUUUUCCUCCAGUGCUAUGACAGGCAAACUACUGGAGAAGCUACCGGGGACCAUGAACACUUUGAUGAACCAAUUGCCUGACAAUCUGUACCCAGAGGAGAUCCCCAACUCUUUGAAUAUCUUCUCCAGCAGCAGCGAUUCGGUGGCUCACUACAACCAGAUGGCUGCAGAUAAUGUUAUGGACAUUGGCUUAGCGAACGAAAAGGCCGGUCAGGAGCUGUCCUCUUAUUCGGGGACGUUUCAACCAGCCCCGGGCAACAAGACUGUCACCUACCUGGGGAAAUUCGCUUUCGACUCGCCCUCCAACUGGUGCCAGGACAACAUCAUCAGCCUGAUGAGCGCCGGCAUCCUGGGGGUGCCACCGUCCUCGGGCGCGCUCACCAGCACGCAGAGCUCGGCGGGCAGCAUGGGGCCGCCGCAGGGCGAGGUGGACCAGAUGUACCCCGCGCUGCCGCCCUACUCCUCCUGCAGUGACCUCUACCCGGAGCCCGUCUCCUUCCACGACCCCCAGAGCAACCCCGGCCUCACUUACUCCCCCCAGGAUUACCAGGCCAAACCCGCCUUGGACAGCAACCUCUUCCCCAUGAUCCCAGACUAUAACCUCUACCACCACCCCAACGACAUGGGCACCAUCACGGAGCACAAACCCUUCCAAAGCUUGGACCCCAUCCGCGUCAACCCGCCCCCCAUCACCCCGCUGGAGACUAUCAAGGCCUUCAAGGACAAGCAGAUCCACCCGGGUUUCGGGGGGCUGCCUCAGCCGCCCCUCACCCUCAAGCCCAUCCGACCCCGCAAGUAUCCCAACCGGCCCAGCAAGACGCCGCUUCACGAGCGGCCCCACGCCUGCCCGGCCGAGGGCUGCGACCGGCGCUUCUCCCGCUCCGACGAGCUCACCCGUCACCUCCGGAUCCACACGGGCCACAAGCCCUUCCAGUGCCGCAUCUGCAUGCGGAGCUUCAGCCGCAGCGACCACCUCACCACCCACAUCCGCACCCACACCGGCGAGAAGCCCUUCGCCUGCGAGUUCUGCGGCCGUAAGUUCGCCCGCUCCGACGAGCGCAAGCGACACGCCAAGAUCCAUCUCAAGCAGAAGGAGAAGAAGGCCGAGAAGGGCUCGGCCGGCCAACCCUCCGCCGUGCCCCCCGCCACCGCCGCCGCCGCCGCCGCCACCUCGCCCCCCGUCGCCCUCGCCCCCGCCGUCACCACGUGCGCUUGAGGGACCGCGCAGGGUGGCACGGCGGCACCCCUUCUCCUCCCCUCCCUUACGCUCUGGGGUAAGGGGGACCCCAGGGUGGCCUUGACCU